GGCUAGCUAGCAGCUAGCUAGUUACGCAGUAGCGGCAGUUUGGCGUCCGGGCAGCUAGUGAAUCAUCGUACCAAUGCCUUAGAAAACAUUUCGUCUUCGCCUCCCCUCAGAUGAUAAGAAUGAUGUCCAUUGAUUCCAGUGGAUAACAUUCAUUAGAAUAACCGCAAAACACCGAUGUCAGACUGUUUUUUGUCGGCCCCGGCCACAUUUUCCGUUUUUGGCCGAGCUAGCUAACCAGCUAGCAUAGCUGCUAGUUAGCCUGUUAGCAACGCCUAUGAUGGGGAGCGGAUCGAUAACGGAAGCCUAGACUCUGCAUGGCGAAGGACUGGCAGCGGUGGGAGUGAGCAGCCAAUCAGCCGAGGACCCCCGGUAGCAGCAUGGCGUCCCGUCAGAGGAACUCGGUCCGGAUCCUGUCGAGCCGGGAGCGCGGCUCCCAGACCUUUGGCUCCCAGAGGCUGCUGCAGCUGCUGGUGGAGGAGAAGGUCCGCUGGAUGAAAUGGCAGAGUCAGGGUGAUGACUGUGUGCUGUUCCUGCAGGGCGGCAGCGAGAGUUGGUUCACCGAGAGCAACGUUGCCAUCGCCUCCCUGGCCUUCCACCCGAGCGCUCAGCUCCUCCUCAUCGCCACCAACAACGAGCUGCACUUCUGGGACUGGAGCCGGCCGGAGCCCUUCGCCGUGGUCAAGACGGGCAGCGACACGGAGAGAGUCCGGUUGGUGAGGUUUGACCCUCUUGGUCACAACCUACUGACGGCCAUCGUGAAUCCGUCCAAUCAGCAGAACGAGGAGGACUCGGAGGUCCCCAUGGACAGCGUUGAGAUGCCUCACUUCCGCCAGCGCUCCUUCCUGCCUUCGCAGCCGGUUCGCCGCACGCCCAUCCUCCACAACUUCCUGCACAUCCUGUCGUCUCGGUCGCCGGGAGCUCAGACAGCGGGCGAGCAGGCGCGCCCUCUGGGGGACAACGGGAGCGGUGUAGGAGAAUCUCCCAGCAUGCCUCUGGCCCAGUACCCGACGUCUGAGCGCGGGCCUCCGUUCCCGGGCUGCACGCAGCACCUGGGCAUGGUGUGUCUGUGCAGUCGCUGCUCGGCCAAUCGCAACCCUUCGCUGGCCGCCGACGCGACCGUCGCCGAUCCCCCGCAGCCCUCGCCGGCGUCCACGUUCUCUUCGGCGCGGACCGAGCCCAGGCAGCCGUCGGAGCGACCCUCGGCCUUUACCUCGGUCUACUACAGCGCCGGAGCUUCUCUAAACGCUGCCGCACCGAGCGGCGCCGAGCCGCACUCCAUCUCCAGCCCAGCCUCCAGGCCCGGCCCAGACUGGACCCGUAACCUGCUGAGUAUGCGAGAGGGAGGGGGGGUCGGCCUGCCCCCCAGGACCUCCUCCUCCUCCAUCAGCCUGCUGUCGGUCCUCCGCCAGCAGGACGGCUCCUCCCACUCGCCCGUCUACACCUCCGCCUCAGAAGGCCGGGGGUUCGAGCCCGGCGCCCGAGACGCCGCCGCCCGAGACGCCGCCGGCACCAGCAGCGGGCACCACCCGUUCUGGGACGGUUCCCGCGGCAACACUGCGUCCUUCCGCAACGUGCUGCAGUGCAACCUGAGCCGCUACUUCAUGGAGUUCGACCGCAUGCAGGACCUGGAGCCGCCACUAGGGGCCCAGGAGCCCAGCCCAGAGCUGCUCAACAACAACCAAAUGGACCCCGAGCGAGCCGGGCCUUCCUCUUCUUCCUCCACGUCCUCCCCUACUAUCAUCCACUACCAGCCCCCUCUCCCCCCUCCUCCUCCCGUCCCGCACAGCACGCUGGAGAACAACCCGCCCCCCCCGCAGGCGUCCCGCGGUCAUCUGAACCGCUGCCGAGCGUGCCACAACCUGCUGACCUUCAACCACGACUCUCAGCGCUGGGAGCGAACCAGCCAGACCUCCUCUGUGUCCGCCUCUCCUCUGGAGCCCUCCUCUUCCUCUUCCCACUCCUUCCCUGCUUCGUCUGCGUCGCCGUGGCAACCCGAGGACGGCGGUAGGACGCCGGAAGCGGCGCCGCCUCAGCCCGAGCCCAGCGAGCAGCCGCCUGCCCCCGGGGCCUUCCCCAUGGCCCCCUCCCCCAGCCACCAGCCCGGCGAGCAGACGGUCGGCCUGGUGUACAACCAGGACACGGCGCAGUGGGAGCGGGUGUACCGGCAGGCGGCGGCGCCCGGCAGAUCGGCAGAGCCACCGGAGGCCUUAAGCCAAGAAAUGCCUGUUGACCCCCCAGACGAGGACUCCCUGCGCAGGCGACUGCUGGAAUCCUCUCUGUUAUCGCUGUCUCGCUAUGACAUGUCAGGAUCCAGAGACCACCCCAUCUACCCCGAUCCAGCCAGGCUUUCUCCAGCCGCGUACUACGCCCAGAGGAUGAUCCAGUAUCUGUCGCGGCGGGACAGCAUUCGCCAGCGCUCGCUCCGCUAUCAGCAGAACCGCCUGCGGGCCAUGUCGUCUUCAUCGGACAGCCCCGCCAGCAACCCGUCCAGCUCCAUGGACAACAGCGAUGUGGACUUUGAAGAGCUGGAUGAUACUGGAGACAGAGCGAGGCACAGGACUCCACGUAACGCCAGGAUGUCUGCGCCCUCGCUCGGCCGCUUCGUCCCACGACGGUUCCUCCUCCCGGAGUACCUGCCCUACGCCGGGAUCUUCCACGAACGAGGGCAGCCCGGCCUCGCCACACACUCCUCCGUCAACAGAGUGCUCGCUGGGGCAUCGAUCGGGGACGGCCAGUCUGCGGUCGCCAGCAACAUCGCUAACACCACGUACCGUCUGCAGUGGUGGGACUUCACCAAGUUUGACCUUCCGGAGAUCAGCAACGCCUCCGUCAACGUCCUGGUGCCAAACUGUAAAAUCUACAACGACGCCAGUUGUGACAUCUCUGCAGACGGUCAGCUGUUGGCCGUCUUCAUUCCCAGCAGCCAGCGGGGUUUUCCAGACGAGGGCAUCCUGGCCAUCUACUCUCUGGCUCCCCACAACCUGGGAGAGAUGCUCUACACCAAGAGAUUCGGUCCGAAUGCUAUCUCCGUUAGCUUGUCUCCAAUGGGCUGCUACGUGAUGGUCGGCCUGGCCUCCCGCAGGAUCCUGCUGCAUCCCACCACCGACCACAUGGUGGCGCAAGUCUUCCGCCUGCAGCAGCCCCACGGAGGAGAGACCUCCAUCAGGAUGGUGUUUAACGUGGUUUACCCGAUGGCUCCAGACCAGCGGCGCCACGUCAGCAUUAACUCGGCCCGCUGGCUGCCGGAUCCGGGGAUGGGUCUGGCGUACGGAACCAACAAGGGAGACCUGGUCAUCUGCCGGCCUGUGUUCUACCGAAGCGACGGUGAGAGUCCAGCCGAGUCGAGCAGCGAGCCGUUGUUCUCCGUUAACAACAGUGGAACCAGCCGGACUCGAGGUUCUGACAGACCGGGUCCAAAUCGAUCUGGCUGGAGACUGGACAGAGACAUGGGUCUGAUGAACGCGAUUGGUCUUCAGCCCCGACAUCCCGCCCCCUCGGUGACAUCACAGGGAACCCAGACGCCAAUCAUCCAGCUGCAGAACGCCGAGACGCAAACGGAGAGGGAGCUGCCGGAGCCCAGCGCUCCGCAGGCCCCAAGAGGAGAGUCUGCGGGGGAGUCGGUCUCGGGGGAGGACGCCCUGGCUCGUAUCCGGCGUCUGAUUGCCGAAGGCGGCAUGACGGCGGUGGUCCAGCGGGAGCAGAGCACCACGAUGGCGUCCAUGGGCGGCUUCGGGAACAACAUCAUCGUGAGCCACCGCAUCCACCGCGGCUCGCAGACCGCCGCCGGGGCGUCCCGUUCGCCGCCGGCGGACCCUCCUCCUCCUCCUCCUCGGCGCCCCUCCUCAUCCCGCAGACGUCCAACCCGGCCGAGCAGCUCGCCAUGUGGGGCCCGCGGGCGCCGCCGGGGCUCUCGCUCGCCGUGGACAUGGACGACGUGUUUGACGGCGUGCGAACGGACGACGACGAAGACUCCUCUUCUCCGCCAGGCCCCUCCUCUUCCUCCAUGCUGCUGUCGUCCUCUUCCUCCCCUCUCCGCCUCUCCUUUUCUUUUCAAGCCCCCGGGUUUUAUCGUAUUGGUGGGGCAGGCGUCUCCAACGGUUACCCCGGCGACCUGUACAGCAGGUAGUUCACCUUUUUGGGGCCAGGAGAAGCCGAGCGUUUCAGCGAAAUAA